AUGGAGUCGCUGGGCUCGAUCAUCGACGGCAUCAAGUCCGAGGUGCUCAAGGGCGCGAAGGUCGGUCCGGAGACCUUUUUGGAGAACGUCGCGGCCUUCCGCGCCGCCGUGGACUGGUCCGAGCGCUGGAUCCAGGGCGUGCUGGCGUGGCACGCGAGCCUCUGGGUCGUCUUCCUCGCGUUUCGCAAGGUCUACGAGGUCCAGGUCGGGCUGUUUUUCGGCGUGACGAUCGCCGUCGGACUCGCGGAGCGGCUCAACGCGCUCGGCGCGGCCCACUGGGAGAAGUUCGCGACGCAGAACUACUUCGACGACCACGGCAUCUUCGCCGGCGCGCUCUUCUGCGCGCCCAUGCUCGCGCUCUCGCUCUGCAUGCUCCUCAACUUCCUCCACCUCGCGGCCCACAUGCUCGUCGACGUCAAGCGGCGCGAGUUCAAGGACCACCUCACGGCCAAGGAGAAGGAGAAGGAGAAGGAGGGGAAGGCGGACUAA